AUGAAAGAUAUAGAAGCACUACCGAAGGGAUUAAAAGAAAAGAAACUAUAUGAAACAUACCAAGAAAAAUUAUUUGAAAUAACACAAUGGUAUGACAAACAAAAUGAAGAAACUCGAAGAAUAUAUACAAGAGACCUGGAUGAAGGUGAGAUACGACAUAUCGAGAACUCAGAAAAUGUUCUUGAUAUUAGGCCAGAACAGUAUAUUAAUCUGACAGAAGCUCAAAGAAGAGCAACACAAGCUAAAUUAACAGCAAUAGAAAUAUCAACUAACCAGAAAAAAUUAAAUAUAACAAAAAGACAAAAAGAACAAGAAGACAAAAAAGAAAAACAGAAUGAAUAUAAAACACAUAGAGUAACAACAAGUAGUGUAAGCGAAGCAUCCUCCUCUUGGAGUGAUGACUCCGCUACAGAAGAUGCAAAAAGCAUUGAAAAUGCCAGAACCACCAACAGUACAAGCAUAGAAGCUACAAAAAUCGUGGUUUUCCAACUAUGUGACCAGAUAGGGAAGUACCCAGAUAAAAAAGAAGAAUCACUAGUAAAGCAGAGUAACUUCCAUAGAAAACAAAAAAGCACAUAUACCAACGCACAUAAGUGUGAAAGAUCAAGUAGUCAUAAUAGAACCACCAGUAUCACUUCUAUCAUAGGAUUAGUGUAUGAUCCACAAACAGGAAAUUCAUGUAGCUCUAGCUCCACAAAAAGUGUAAAACAAUUCACAUCGAAUGCAGGAGCUACAACACCAAUAAAACCAAGAAACAACCAAGAUGAAGCAAUAAACUUAGAAAAAUAA